UCUUCGACUCGUGACAUGUGAUAGUAAUCUUUAAUUGCAACAAGUAUCAAAAUUCAAGGGGAAGAGUAAUUCAGAGACUCUAACAAUGCCCCAAGGAGGAGUUCAUUGGCAGGGAACCCAAAGAAGAGCCUGCGCUCCGGGGGCGCAUUGGAACGUACAGGUCGUUAGAGGAAAAGUAACGACGCGCUGCUUAUGGCACGCUUGCAAAGCUCUCGGCAUCGGACUUUUGCUGAUGCUUUUGGGUGCCUGCAUGGCCACGAUCGGUUAUUACGCUGAUCAGCUCUCAAUGGCGCAAGAAAUUCGAGGCAACUUGACGGUCCGGGUGAAAAAUGAGUCUCGAGGCUUUCAUUUAAACAAUCUGAGCUACGCUGGACCGAUCGUAAUGGGAGUCGGAGGUUUCAUCGUCGUGGCGGCCUGCGUGAUGACAUUCGAGGCACGAGACAGCGCGGCGAAAGUGGUGCCGGCUCGUUUUCGUUUCAACCAGAACACGCCGUGCAAGAGCAACAAGCAGCGAAGUCGAAGGUCAACGUCGUGUCAAACAACGCGGUGGGACCACCAGCUGGGUCUGUUCCGCGUGCACAGAAGCCCGAGUCCGUCGACGCACGAGGUCUCGAGAAAGCAGUUAACGGCAGAGCUGAUGCAGUUCUCGAAGAACUUGGAGGAGAAGAACAACCCUCAGCCGAUAAAGAAGAGCCCGAGCGCCCCGAAUCUUGCGGUAAAAAACUCGCCGCGCAAGAAGCCCAGUCGGUACACGGGCUGCGCGCUGCUGAACGCCGAGCUACUCAAGCGGCACGCGAUGUCGGUCGAUAACGCGGCUUACAAUCCGCAGAUGAGCAAGGAGAGCCUCGAGUACAAGACAUCUGAGAGCCAGGUAUCGAUGGCGAUGGAUCUCCACAUGCCGAACAAGGGAGGCCCAGUUACUCUGAAGAUAAAAGACCGGUCGGACACUGCUCAGCGCCAUCAGCUGCUCAGACAAACGAGGAUCGACGACGACGACUUGCAGAUGGAGCUGCGCAAAGGGGCGGCCGGCGGGCACGCGGGGAAGUACCAGAGCUUCGCGAAGUACCCGGACGACUUUGUUUCUCGGAAGCGGAACUCCGUCGACCUCCGGGUGCUGGAGGAGCUUGAGUUCCGGCGAAGCCCGAAGGAUUUCAGGAAGAUCUCGUCACCGAAUUUCCUAAAAAUGUCGCUAGAUCGGGUCGGUGGCGAGGUGAGAAAGACCGAGAGAACUCCGGUUGGGUACAGAAAGGCAAGCUUGGACUGCCGGAAGUCUCCCGACAUACGGAAGAAGGACUAUCGGAAGUGCUCGAUGGAUAAGUGUACCGCCGAUCACUUGUCCAGCGGAACAUUGGAGGUGGAAUUUCGCCCGCGGUCCGACACCGGGGAAUUACCAUUCAGGCGUCAUCGGCAUGGUCGGCAGCUUUAUCACUCUAGGUCGGACGAUAACAGACGGAGGUCCUUCGACAAGCACAGGAGCGACUCGCAGUGCAGCAGGUUUUCUUUGAAUACCCAGAACCAACCUGCUCCAGACGUACUCGCCGCUUAUGAGCUGAAAUACUUUGCUACUAACGCCUCUUUCGACACGGACGGGAGUCGCGGUGACGUUUCGGACGACAGUCACACCGUAGAUAUUGAGGGAAAUGGACUUCCGGUUGAUGGACCGAACGAGACUGACGCUUUGCUAGAGGAACCGGAACUCGAAAAUUUGACCGAAGUGGACGUUGAAACUUCCGGUGAUGACAUUGAUGCCCCCGAUGAGGAAGGUGAUACUACCUUGGAUUCGAAAGCGGAUAAACAAGGAGACGGAAAUGCGUAGUUCCAGUUAGGAAACGAAACAUGAACGAUGCCGAGCUCACCAUCUGGAAUAAAUUUCUAUCGUCGCGGUGACUUGAGUAAAAAAAGGAAAUAAAAUCAUGACACAUCUACAAUUAUAUGAAUGCUGCAGAUAUUGAGAGAGGCUUUAGCAGUAAAGAUACGUCUAGAUUUAUAUUCUAGAUGUACAUUGUUUAACUCAAUUGAGACAAUCAAUUUUUUAAUCUAACGGGGAGCAUUUAAGUAAUUGCUGUUUUUAUAGUUAGGUGUUGAACGAUUUAAUGUAUAUAUAAAUAUGUGUAUACGGUAAUUUAAUGUUCCAUCGGAGGAGAAGGAACAAUAAAAUUGGUCGAUGCACAAGUUAUGCAUUUCUCAACGAUUACUGAUUCGAUGUUGUACACGUACGUUCGAUGAGUGAUACGAUUGUAGUAAAUACGUUGUCGUUGUCAACUUGUUAAAAGGUCAUUAAAAAUAAACAAUCAGUACGUUGUUGAGUUGGAAUUAUUUAGAACUUUCAAGCUUUUCUUAUUUUACUUGUCAC